AUGAGCUCGAGCGGUUCUGACGACGAUAUGCCUCUGGCACGAUCCAACGGCCACAAGUCAGCUACGAAGGUUUCCCCAGCCGACGACCGAGCCAUGGCCAAGUCGCACUCGAAGAAUGGCCCUCCUCCGGGUCUUUCUAUCCGCAACGGUCCAGUCCAUGGCGGCGAGCCUAUGGAUGUGGACUCGGCAGCCAACGGUACUGCCAAGCGCAAGUCGCGCGCUUCAAUUGACAAACGCAUUUCCUACAAGGAUGAGUCAGACAGUGAUGACGGUGCCCCUCUGGCCAAGCGCCAGAAGCACAAAGUCGAGGACGAUAGCGACGAUGAGCCCAUCUCGAGAAAGGCCUCGAAACUUCCUCCGUCCAUCUACGAGACCGCUCUCCCCGACUCCUCAGAUGACGAUCAGCCCCUAGGUGCCAAGCUGGCCAAGAAGAAGGCCAGCAUCGAGAAACAGGCGGCUCAGGAGGCCAAGGCCAUCCGCGCCAACAAGCCUGCUCCCAAGGCGAGAAAGGUCGUCAAGGAAGAGUCUGACGAUGACGAGCCGCUCGCAAAGCCCAAGGCCAAGCGGCAAUCGAACGGCGUUGCCUCUGCAAAGAAGACCAACGGCGUCAAGAAGAUCGAGUCAGACUCUGACGAGCCCAUCUCGAAGAAGGCAAAGCCGGCUCCCAAAGGCAAAGCAACUCCUACGCCCAAGAAGGGUGCUAAGGCUGCUGCUAAGAAGGAGGAGAGCGCAGACCCCGGUGAUGAGGAAGAGGAGGAAGAGGAGUACCGAUGGUGGGAUGCGCCCAAGAAAGAGGACGAUUCAAUCAAGUGGAACACUCUUGAGCACAGCGGUGUCCUCUUCCCCCCUCCUUAUGAGCCGCUCCCGAAGCAUGUCAGGCUUCACUACGACGGCAAGCCGGUUCAUCUUCAUCCUGAGGCUGAGGAGGUUGCCGUCUUCUUCGGUUCCAUGCUUCACUCUACCCAGAACGUUGAAAACCCUGUCUUCCAGAAGAACUUCUUUGGCGACUUCCAAGAGUACCUGAAAACCACUGGCGGCGCCAAGGAUCGUGAUGGCAAUAAGGUCACCAUCAAAGCGUUUGAGAAACUCGACUUCAAGCACAUCUUUGAGUACACCAAGGGCUUGAGCGAGGCCAAGAAGGCGCGUUCCAAAGAAGAGAAGAAAGCCGAGAAGGAGGCUAGAGAGAAGGCCGAGGCUCCCUACAUGUACUGCAAGUGGGAUGGCCGCAAAGAGAAGGUCGGCAACUUCCGCGUCGAGCCUCCAGGACUCUUCCGUGGUCGUGGAGAUCAUCCCAAGACCGGCAAGGUCAAGAAGCGCGUCAUGCCCGAGCAGGUCACCAUCAACAUUGGCAAGGAUGCCAAGGUCCCGACGCCUCCCGCUGGACACAAGUGGAAGACUGUGCAGCAUGACAACAAGGCUACCUGGCUUGCCAUGUGGCAAGAGAACAUCAACGGCAACUACAAGUACGUCAUGCUCGCGGCCAACAGCGCUGUUAAAGGUCAGGCCGAUUUCAAGAAGUUCGAGAAGGCGCGCGCUCUCAAGAAGUACAUCGAUCGCAUUCGAAAGGACUACACUCGGGAGCUCAAGAGCCAGCUGAUGGCCGAGCGGCAAAGAGCGACGGCCAUGUACCUCAUCGACAGAUUCGCGCUCAGAGCCGGCAACGAGAAGGAUACCGACAACGAGGCCGACACUGCAGGCUGCUGCUCCCUCAAGUACGAGCACAUCACGCUCAAGGAACCCGACAUUGUCAUCUUUGACUUCCUCGGUAAAGAUAGCAUUCGCUUCUACGACGAGGUCACUGUGGACAAGCAGGUCUUCAAGAACCUGAAGAUGUUCAAGAAGGCUCCGAAGACGACGGGCGACGAUAUUUUCGACCGCCUGACUACUUCGCAGCUCAACAAGCACUUGUCGAGCUACAUGCAGGGCCUGACUGCCAAGGUCUUCCGUACCUACAAUGCUUCCUACACCAUGUCCAAGCUUCUCCAGGAGCUGCCUCAACAGAACUUGACCAUGGCCGAGAAGGUCAAGCUGUACAAUGACUGCAACCGCAAGGUGGCCAUUCUGUGCAACCACAAGCGUACAGUCGGUGCCUCUCACGAGGCUCAGAUGGAGAAGCUCGGCGAUCGCAUCAAGGGCCUGAAGUACCAGAAAUGGCGGACCAAGAUGAUGAUGCUUGACGUCGACCCCAAGCAGAAGAAGCGCAAGGGUGCAGAGUACUUUGAGAAGGACGAAGACCUGACCGAGGAGUGGGUUCUCAAGCACCAAGCCUUCCUGGUCGAGGAGGAGCGCCUCAAGAUCACCAAGAAGUUUGAGAAGGAGAACGAGAAGCGCCAGGCCGAAGGUGAGAAGCCCCAUCCUGAGAAGGAGCUGAAGGAGCGCCUCAAGGCUGCCAAUGAACUCGAGGCCAAGUUCAAGAAGGAGAACAAGUCCAAGAAGGUCGAGGCAGAGGGGAAGGGCCCUACCGUGGAGAAGUUCGAGGCCGCCGUCAAGAAGAUCGAGGACCGCAUCCACAACAUGGAGCUUCAGGCGGCCGACAAGGAUGGCAACAAGGAGGUUGCCCUGGGCACUUCGAAGAUCAACUACAUUGAUCCUCGUCUGACUGUCGUCUUCUCCAAGAAGUUCGAUGUCCCGAUCGAGAAGUUCUUCUCGAAGACCCUGCGUGACAAAUUCAACUGGGCCAUCCACUCUGUUGGAGACGACUCCACCUGGGAGUUCUGA